ACACAAAGCACAGAUGACGUUGCAGUCCGUCCACUAGUCUCUUCCGCCUCAUAUCAGUUGUCCGUCCUCUGUCCCAUGACGGCGAAUAACUAAUCCUCCAACACCGUCUGGCGUCAUUUACCAACACAUUUAUUACGAACAAAAUGAGUGAAGCUGUCGACACCACGACGCUGUGUCUCUUCGAUGUGGACGGGACGCUGACUGCCGCCCGACAGAGGGUGACUCCCGGGAUGGAGGACUUUCUGCAGCGUCUGCGGCGGCGUGUUCGAGUCGGCGUGGUGGGGGGGUCGGACUUCAUCAAGAUCAAAGAACAACUGGGAGAUGAUGUGGUCGAGAAGGUGGACUAUCUGUUUGCUGAAAACGGAUUGGUGGCCUAUCAGAAUGGACAGCUGGUAGCAGUACAGAGUAUCCAGGCGUACAUGGGGGAGGAUCUUCUUCAAGACUUCAUCAACUUCUGUCUCAACUACCUGGCCAAGAUUACACUACCCAGGAAGAGGGGGACGUUUAUAGAGUUCCGUAAUGGAAUGUUGAACGUGUCACCGGUCGGGCGGAGCUGUAGUCAGGAGGAGAGGAUAGAGUUCUACCAGCUGGACCAAAAAGAACGAAUCAGAGAGAAGUUUGUUGCCGUUCUUCAAGAGGAGUUUAAAGGCAAAGGACUGACCUUCUCUAUAGGUGGUCAGAUCAGUUUUGAUGUGUUCCCAGAGGGCUGGGACAAGCGUUACUGUCUGGGCCUGGUAGAGAAAGACUCCUAUAAAACCAUACACUUCUUUGGAGACAAAACUAAACCUGGGGGAAACGACUAUGAGAUCUAUGCAGAUCCCAGAACCAUCGGACAUGAAGUCACCUGCCCUGAAGAUACACAACGUAUCUGUCAAGACCUGUUCUUCAACUGACACACAGCAGUAAUCAGAUGUCUGAAGUGCCAAAAAGAUGUCCUGCCCUACCAUGUGAUCGUUAGGGCUUUAUGGAAUUCAUCUGGGAGUUCCCUGAUGCAUACAACACCGCUUUGGUGACACCCCUGUUUAGUAAACGAAUGGUUUUGACCGCUGGGAACUAUGGAAAAUGAAGCUUCUUCCAACUGUGUGUUUCUGCACAUUAACUUUAUCCACUUCCUGGAACCAUGAAAAACCGCUAUUGGUUCAACUAUAUUGACAUUGUUUGGGGUUUUAGGCUGGGUUUCUGUGUAUCACUUUGUUGCAUCGGCUGUUGUAAAAAGGGCUUUAUAAAUAAAUCUGAUUGAAAACCCCUCCUAAAAUUAA